AUGCCCCGACCAACUGGUCUCAUCGCCUCCGAGGGCAUCGAACUUCUCAGCUGGGGCACACCCAAUGGUCUCAAAGCCCAGAUCCUCCUCGAAGAGCUCCGCGAUGCGUAUGGCAUGGAUUACACCAUCCAAGACAUCGAUAUUGGCAAAAAGAUUCAAAAGGAGCCAUGGUUCACAACUAUCAACCCUAAUGGUCGUAUCCCAGUUUUGGUAGACCAUGAUAACGAUGAUCUUGCUGUGUUUGAAGGGAAUGCCAUACUGAGCUACUUGACGAGAAAGUACGACCCGGAAUACAAGUUCUCGUUUAGGAGUGAUGAUGAUGAUUACACACGAGCGGAAUCGUGGAUCGGAUGGCAGCAUGGAGGAAUUGGACCUAUGCAUGGUCAAGUUUUACACUUUCUCUACGACGCCAAGUCUACAAUGCCAUACGGCAUCCAGCGAUAUGUUGGAGAAACAGAACGUCUCUACGGUGUCCUAGACAAGCGCCUCUCAGAUCGUGACUAUAUCGUCGGUCCAGGCAGAGGUCGCUACUCUAUCGCUGACAUAUCUCUCAUCGGCUGGACUGAUCGUCUACCACGAACUACCAUCUCAUGGGACAAUUAUCCCAACGUGAAGGCGUGGUUUGCUCGUAUGCUCGAGAGACCUGCUGUGAGACGUGGCAUGCUAUUGCCCACUAAUGAGGACAAGCCGACGGCGUUGGAUCCUGUUGAUGAAGAUACAAGGAAGAAACGUGCGGACCUUAAAGUGAUUGUUGAUGAGGCUAAGGAGCAGUUUGGGUACAAGUAUUCUUCGCCUUAG